AAGAGGAGCCCGCGCAGGCGCCGCGGCCGCACGUGGCACCGGCGGGACCAUGGCGGGACGGAGAGAGCGGCUGGAGAGCGCCCAGGUGAAGAAGGCGGUGGAGGCUCUCCUGGCUUUCGCCAGGAGCAAGGCCAAGGGAGACGCUCUGCUCCUCAACGAGAACGAGAGCGUUCACCUCCUAGUGACGGUCUGGAAGGUCCCGCGGGAGACAAAACUCAUCAGAAUACCACUGCCCCAUGGCAUUCGACCAGAAACAGCUGAGGUUUGCCUUUUCACAAAGGAUGAGCCAAAUUUGUCAGCAGAGCAGACUGAAAAUCUAUACAGGAAACUUUUAAUCCAGAAUGGAAUCAGAAGUAUUAGCCAGAUCAUCUCCUACAAGACUCUCAAAAAGGAGUAUAAAAUGUUUGAAGCGAAGCGUCGCCUCCUGAACAGAUUUGAUCUCUUUUUAUCUGACGACCGAAUUAGGAGACUCUUGCCCUCACACCUAGGAAGACACUUCUAUGAAAAGAAAAAGGCACCUUUAUCUGUAAACCUGAAAGCCAAAAAUCUUGCUAAUGAACUACAAAAGCAUAUCCAAGGGACUACACUCCCAAUUAACAACAAAGGGUGCUGUUAUACAGCACGUAUAGGUCACACUGGGAUGAAAGUGGAUGAGAUCGUGGAAAAUGUCAUUGCAACAGCAAAAGUGAUUGCUAAGAAGUUACCAAAGAACUGGAAAAAUGUGAAGAUUCUUCACCUCAAAACACUUAAAUCAGUUGCGCUUCCAAUAUUUACUGCGAAUAUUUCCAACCUGGAUGAGCUUGACACAGAGCCACCUCUCAAAAAGAAGGAAGAAAAGAAGGGAAAAACCAAGAAACCGAAGAAGACAGCUAAAAAACUGAAGUCAAGUCAAGUCACUGUGACAACUGAAAGUAAAGCUGCUGCUGCUACUCAGGAGCCUGCAGUAAAAGAAAAAGCAGAAAUAGUCCAAGAACCAGAUGAUCAUGAUGAUGAAGAAAUUCCACAACUGGUCCCUAUACAAACAAAGAGUUUAGCUGAGAUGGAGAAAAUGGAACCAGGUCCAGAAAAAGGUGGCAACUUGGGCAAGAAAACCAAAACACCCCUCGGAAAGAGAAAGAAACAACCUCUAGUACCGGAGACUCCAGAAUCAAAACCUGAUGUUGCAGGAGAGCGUGCAGAUUUGCAGACACCACCAAAACAGAAAAAAGCCAAGCAGGUCAGCAAGCCAAAGGAAGCAAUAAAAGAAAAAGACAUGAAAAAGACUCCAAAAAAACCUGAAGUGAAGACUUUUGCAACACCCAAAGCUGGCAAAUCGAUACAGUCAGUCAAGAAGUCUUCAAAACCAUCGAAGCAAACACCCAAGAGAGGGCGGGUGCCACAGUCAGCAUGAGAGUUGUCUGUUGUAAUGCAGUUUAUGUAGUCAUUCAGGGGUGUAUUUUUAGUAAACAAAUAUAUUCAUGAAGUGAAAUACCUUCUUAAGAAAUCCAAUCCCAAGGGCUUUUUUUCUGCCAAGAUCUGUAACGAUUCAUUUGUUUCCUUCUAAUUUACAAGCUGGUACAAAUAAACUCACUGUCUUACCAGCCCUAUCACUUUUUAUCUUUUCCUGGCCCAGACCAAAAGCACUCAAAUUCUGCAAGUGUCAAAAGGCAGGGAGGGGGCUAUUCCAGGGAAAAAAAGCUCAGGAAUAUUCUGUGACAUUUCCUGAAGCAUAGCUUAGUACAGACAGGGUCUGAAGCACAAAGCAUGCAUGCCAGAAGCAGCAAUCUACAUGUGCUUUUAAAGGUGAAAUAGCUACUACCCUUUUUUUUCAAUAUAAUGAAGACAGGUUGACAUCUAUUGAUCUUACUACACAUAUUGUAAGUUAGCAGCCUGAUACCAAGCCAAACAAUUUAAGUUUUAGCUGUUUUUACCUCGGGUAUUUGCAUAUUAAAAAAAAAAAAGGCACUAGACACAUUUAUACUUUAUGACAUCAAGCAAAAUCUUACCUUCACUUGUGGGCUUUUUUUCUGGUACCAGAACAGUUGAGGGUGUUCCUGCAUGAUGGUCACAGUACUGUUGUUUCUUCCAUCUGAAAAAAGCCAAAGGCUGUAUGAAUUCCAGGUGUGCCAGACAAGUGAACUAGUCCUGUAAUGGCAUGAAAAAUACAUCAGGACUGAAAGGUGAUAUAUUUGAAAUUGCACAGAACAACCAAAUUGUUCUCUGUAUGAUGAUCACUUUAUGUCCUUCUCAGAGUGAGAAUACAAGGCAGAUUUCUGUUGAAAUGUCUUGGUUGUAAAAACCUCAAAUCCAAAUAAGAAAAAGUUGGUAAGAGACAAGAUCAAUCAACAGGAGGUAACCAGCCUAAUUUGCCAUUAAAAAACCCCAUCCUCUCUCCUUCUUAGGGCUUCCCAUAUCAAUAUGUUUGCUAGGAAGUAAAUGGGUGCUAAACAAAAAGUGGUAAAAGAAACUAGAGAAUAUGGAAAAAUUCUGCUUGAUUAGUGGUGUCUUUUUGUAACUGGUGUCUUUUGUAACUUUUCAACUGUGAACCAACUGCUAUGAAAGGAAUUGAGUCUGUAGUCACAGUAAAUGUCAUUGGAGGAAUACCCUUCCUCAGCAGCAUUGUUCUUGGCACAUUUUACUUCCACAAAAACAUGGAAGCUCCAUGCACUCUUAGCCUGUCCGACCUCCCGUCAGCUUGAUAUUCUAGUUACUGGAACUGUGUGUCUUACUCAUCGUUAAAUAAACUGUUAUAUAUAUAA